CGGAGCUCGGGAGCGGCAGGGGCUGGGCCCCCAGCGCAGGACUCGGUCCGUGUCGGCCGGGAUUGCCGUGGGGUGAGAAACCUCUUUUCCGGAGCGGUGGGUGACGUCCGGCUCUGGCUUACCGGCAGGCCGCGGGGCUGAGACUUAAGUAGUUUGGAAGAGCUGACUGCGAAAGAGAAAAUGACAUCUCUAGAAAAAGUUGACGAUGCCUCAUCACCCAUCCGAGGACCUGGAGAUGGCAUGGAAACAGAGCAGACAGCUGAAUCUGUGGAAGGAAUCUCUGGAGCCAACACUGCAAACCAUCACAUCCACCACAGCCCACAUAAAAAGACAGUCUCUUCCCUGAGUCCUGGAGUUCUGCAGCUAGGGAAAGUACAUGCUGAUAAAUCAGUGGAGAUUGAAGCUAUUCGUAUAUUAGUCCCCAAAGCAGCUAUCACUCAUGUUGUUCCAACUAAAAAUGGUAAAGUAGCUAAGUCAGUGGGACAUAAAGGAGACACAUUCCAUCAGUCAGGUGGAGCCACAGAUCCCAAGAAAGAACAGGUAGAGCUGAAACAUGCAAUCGAAAAGCUAAAGAAUUCAGAAAAGCGGUUGUUACAGGACAAAGAAGGUCUCUCUAAUCAGCUGCGUAUACAGACAGAGGUGAAUCGGGAGCUGAAGAAAUUACUUGUUGCUUCUGUUGGGGAUGAUCUGCAGUAUCACUUUGAACGGAUGGCUCGUGAGAAAAAUCAGCUAAUCCUAGAAAAUGAAGUCCUGGGCCGGAAUAUGUCUCAGUUGUCUGAACAAUUGGAGCGCAUGUCUAUACAAUGUGAUGUGUGGCGAAGCAAAUUCCUAGCAAGCAGGGUUAUGGCUGAUGAGCUAACCAAUACCAGAGCAGUUCUUCAGCGUCAAACCAGGGAUGCACAAAGUGCAAUCCAGGACUUGCUGAAUGAACGCGAUCAGUUCCGUCAAGAGAUGAUUGAAACACAGAAGCUGCUGGAGGAGCUGAUGGUUUCUCUUCAAUGGGGGAGACAACAGACGUACUAUCCUAGUGCCCAACCUUACACUACAACAGAGCUAGCAGCUGUGAAUUGUAAGCUAGCCAAAGCUGUAAGCUCACAUCUUCUUGGAAAUGUUGGUACUAACAGUCCAAAAAAGACUUCAACAGCUGUGGAGUUUUGCAAUACCCCUGCUGAGAAAAUGGCUGAAAUGGUGUUACGUGUACUGGAUCCAGCUGCACGUACAGAAACAUCAACAGAAGUUUCUUUUUCUGAGACUUCUCCAUCCUCCUUCCUUUCCACAAAGAAGAAUAUUGGACGUUUUCACCCAUAUACAAGAUACGAAGAUGUAACUUUCAAUUGUUGCAAUCACUGUCAAGGAGAGCUGAUAGCCCUUUAAAACCACAGCCAGGGCAACUGCACAAGCACUUGUUCUGAAGAAUUACACUAGUUGAUGUUCAGCAGACUUCCCUUUUUCCUAUUUCUUUCCAUAAUGGGUGGGUUUAACAUUGGAAAUUACGCAGCUUCUGCUUCUCUACCUCUUGAAGUUAGGGACUGACAGGAUUUCCUUAGAUUCUGGGAUACUUCUACUACUUUUCAGUCUGGAAAGCUACUUAUUUUCUUCCUCAAAGGCAAGACCAAAAAUGUUAUGCUGGUCCAAUUUGUAGAGCAUAGAGAUGCCCUUGACUGUCUAAGGCUUACAGUCUUAUUAGCAAAUUUCAGUGAAUUUCUCUUUAGGAGACAAAAGUGUAACUAUACCAAAGUAAAUGAAUUGCUGAUAGGUUAUGUUUAUUAAAAAAAAAAAGGCAAUGGAAAAUGAUCAGCUCCAUGCUU